AUGAAGCGAAAGCGCGACGAAAACAUUUGUCCUCUUGAGUUAGAACCCCUUGCGGUCGAUGUUGCCGCACAAGGCCUUGAUGGACCUCGAUUUGUCCCAAACUCUUCUAAGGAGAGUAAGGCUCUUUCCAAACUUCUACACCAAGAAUACCCUUGUGUACCGCACGAACAAAUUGACAAACUCCUCCUUGACCACCAAUACUGUCUGCGAUCGGCGUAUCUUGCCCUGGACACGCUUGUGUAUACAUGGGACACUCUUCCAGAGCAGCCUUUUGCGAUGGUGUCGGACCCGUCAACUAUACAAAAACCGUUCUUGGACCGGCGAAACCACCUUACGAUGAUAUCCGCUAUUCGAACCGCGAAGGGCUUCAAGAAAAAAGUUCUCCAGGAGCUUUCCGUGUGUUGGAAGAUGGGGUAUACACUCCAUUUACAACGACAGGGCAAGCCAUUGAAGAAUAGGGCGAGAGAGAGUACAGAGGUCGUUCUCGGUGAAGAUGUGACAGAGUGUCAAUGCUGUUUUACUGAGUGCCCCUUGCACCAGAUGGUGCAAUGUGAAGGGGAAGUCGCCCACUUCUUCUGCGUUCAAUGCACACGCCAAUACGCAGAGACCUUGAUUGGUCUUUCGAAGUACGAGCUUGUCUGCAUUUCCAUGGACCAGUGCGAUGCUGGCUUCUCACAAGCGGAACGAAGUAAGUUUCUGGACGAUAAAUUGACCAAAGCAUUGGACCAGAUUGAAGCUGCUGCCGUACUUCUUUUGGCGAACUUGGAGGGUCUAGUGCACUGCCCCUUUUGCAACUACGCAGCACAGUAUCCACCCGUCGAGGAGGAUAGAGAAUUCCGAUGCGCGAACCCUGAAUGCGGGAUUGUGAGCUGUCGGCUCUGCCAAAAAGAGACUCAUAUCCCCCAGACUUGCGAUGAAUCCGCUAGAGAGAAAGGGUACUCUGCUAGGAGGGAAAUCGAAGAGGCCAUGUCUGCCGCACUGAUACGGAAGUGCAACAAGUGUAAGUCAAACGAGCUUCAGAAUGACGUGCAUUAUGCUGAUAUUAAAGCUCAGGCAGGACACCGUUUGUAA